GAAUCCCAAGGAGUUCUCUCCAGCAGCAGGAUUACCUACCCCGCGGAUCGAUAAGAUAACACACACCCCACCAAAAAUUCAACGUUCCGUCCUCAAACGUCGCCGUCCUCAACCGAUAGCUUUCUUUCCGACCUGCCCAGCUACAUUAUCCCCUUCAUCCCAUAUCACACAAGUUCUUCUUCGGGUGACCCUGGUUUUGUCCGUGCUCUACGAUUUACGGAACGCUUUACAAUUAGGUCACGACCAUGACUGCAGCCGUCACCGACCCAACCGACGUCACCCCGCCCAACGCGGACUACUUGUACGAGGACGACGAUGAUGACCUGGAAGACAUCUUCAACUCGGCCGACGAGCUCGACGACGAUCUUUUGGAGAACCCUUCUGCCGACCUCACCAAGUCGUACAACCGUCAGCGCCAGAUCCAUGGCGCCGCCUCUCAGUCCGCCGCGGGCUUGCCAGCUUCCAAUUCUCAGAAGCCCAAGGCCAACACGUUUGCGAGCAUUGACGACCAAAUCGCCGAGCUGUCCAAACAUGCCGCAAAGAUUCGCCUCGAUAAUGUCAAGCAAAACCAGGAGCGCGACAAGGACAAGGCGGACCGCGCUACCGCCGAGUUGGUGCUCGACCAGCGCACCCGCAUGAUUCUGCUUCAGAUGAUCAACCGCGGCGUCGUAAACGAGAUUCACGGCGCCAUCAGCACCGGUAAGGAAGCCAACGUCUACGGCGCCGUCCUGUACCCGGAUGGCGGCGGCGAGCCCAUUCAGCGUGCCAUCAAGAUCUACAAGACGGCCAUCCUGGUCUUCAAAGACCGCGAACGCUACAUCACGGGAGAGCACCGAUUCAAGGCCGGUGCCGAGAAGGGAAACAACCGCAAGAUGGUCAAGCUCUGGGCCGAGAAGGAGUUCCGCAACCUGCGGCGGCUGCACGCGGCCGGUAUCGCCUGUCCCGAGCCGCUCAUGCUCAAGUUGCACGUGCUGGUGAUGGAGUUCCUGGGCGACAGGCGCGGCUACGCAUACCCGCGUCUGCGAGAUGCGCGGUUCACCGGCGACGAUGUCGACGAGCGGUGGCGGAAGCUCUACAUCCAGCUUUUGGGCAUCAUGCGCCGUCUCUACCAGGUGUGCAGCCUGGUGCACGCCGAUCUGAGCGAGUACAACAUCCUCUACCACGACAACCGGCUCUACAUCAUCGACGUGUCCCAGUCGGUCGAGCACGACCAUCCACGGGCCCUCGAAUUCUUGCGCAUGGACAUCAAGAACGUCGGCGACUUCUUCCGACGGCAGGGCGUCGACACGCUGCAGGACCGCACCAUCUUCAACUUCAUCACCGCUCCGGACGGCCCGGUCGAUGAGCCAGAGAUGGCAAAGGCCAUUGAGCAUCUGUACGAGGUCCGCCCCCCCGUGGCGGAUACUGCCGAGGCCGCCGCGGAGCUCGAGGUCGACAACGAGGUGUUCCGCAACCAGUACAUCCCUCAAUCCUUGGACGAGGUGUAUGACAUUGAGAAAGAUGCCACUAAGAAGGUGGAUGAGUUGGUGUAUAGGCACAUGUUGGCGGACAGCGUCGUCCGUAAGAAUGAAGAUGAGGAGGAGGCCGAGAGCUCGGACGCGAGCUCGGAUGCGGGCUCGGACGACGGCGCUGCUCUGAGCGAUGGGAACUCCGGCGACGAGGAUGAGAGCCGGUUUGAGAAGAGGAGGCCAAGGGGGAGGAAGUUCGAGGACAAGGAAGAAAAGAGAGAGCACAAGUGGUUAGUCAAGGAGGAGAGGCGGGAGAAGAGGAAAACGAAGAUGCCGAAAGCUGUCAAGAAGCGACUCGUGGCUACCACGGCGAGGAAGAAGAAGUGAUGGGUAGCACACCUGUCGUCUCCGGUUGCGGAAGAUAUCGAUGAUAUAAACGGCGGAGCACAACCGGAUGAUGAAAGCUGAACCCUGCUGGGGAGGAUCCGGGCCAUUGGAGCGUUUUGUCACUACGGACUGAACCCCUGGCCAUAGUCUCCCGAUGGGCAGGUCUGAGCAAGCCAACGGGGCUGGCGAUGACGACCAAAGAGAGCACUGACGGUUGUGGGCCAAGCCAGGGAUAUAUAGAGGUGGCUUUGCCUAUUAAUUAGACAUGGUAUCUACCUAUUACUUUCUUCCUUAUACGGGGUGUGCUCUAAAGAAAGAUACCGUAUUUAUUUAGCAGCGCUGGUAGGCAAUGAAGCGAAGCUUGAUGUUUUUGGAU